CAGGGUGUGGUCACCAUCCACGCCCAGAGGUGGGAAGGCCCAGGCGGGUGGAGCUGGCCUGGAGCCCGCCCCUGCUGCUGGGGCAUUGGCCGCUGGGAGGGAAGUUCCAGCCGGGCCGCUGCACCUUCUUAUACAAGCAACCCUGGAGGCGCCGCACCUGAGCAGGCAGCCCCGACUGGAAGGACCCCGGGGCCCUCAUUCCUCCUCCUCCACUGGGAACUGUACUGGUAGUUAACUCUCAAGGAGAAAUUUCACGGUUGAGCACCAAAAAGGAAGUGAUCAUGAAAGGAAAUAUCAACAAUUAUUUUAAAUUGGGUCAAGAAGGGAAGUAUCGUGUCUACCACAAUCAAUACUCCACCAAUUCAUUUGCUUUGAAUAAGCACCAGCACAGAGAAGAUCAUGAUAAGAGAAGGCAUCUUGCACAUAAAUUCUGUCUGACGCCAGCAGGAGAGUUCAAAUGGAACGGUUCUGGCCAUGGGUCCAAAGUUCUUACCAUAUCUACUCUGAGACUGACUAUCACCCAAUUAGAAAACAACAUCCCUUCAUCCUUCCUUCAUCCCAACUGGGCAUCGCAUAGGGCAAAUUGGAUCAAGGCAGUUCAGAUGUGUAGCAAACCCAGAGAAGUUGCUUUGGCUUUAGCCAUUUUGGAGUGUGCAGUUAAACCAGUUGUGAUGCGUUUUGAUGCUACCAAUAUGGCGAGAAUCUUUAGGACAUACCAGCUUUCUCCCUUUGUCUCAUAACCAUGUCCACCAACGAGAAUGCUAAUACACGAGCUGCCCGUCUUCACAGAUUCAAGAACAAGGGAAAGGACAGUACAGAAAUGAGGCGUCGCAGAAUAGAGGUCAACGUGGAGCUGAGGAAAGCUAAGAAGGAUGAACAGAUGCUGAAGAGGAGAAACACUCCUGCACUAAGAGCCAUAGGGAAUAUUGUCACUGGUACAGAUGAACAGACUCAGGUUGUGAUUGAUGCAGGAGCACUCGCCAUCUUUCCCAGCCUGCUCACCAACCCCAAAACUAACAUUCAGAAGGAAGCUACAUGGACAAUGUCAAACAUCACAGCUGGCCGCCAGGACCAGAUACAGCAAGUUGUGAAUCAUGGAUUAGUCCCAUUCCUUGUCAGUGUUCUCUCUAAGGCAGAUUUUAAGACACAAAAGGAAGCUGUAUGGGCCGUGACAACUAUACCAGUGGUGGAACAGUUGAACAGAUUGUGCACCUUGUUCAUUGUGGCAUAAUAGAGCCGUUGAUGAACCUCUUAACUGCAAAAGAUACCAAGAUUAUUCUGGUUAUCCUGGAUGCCAUUUCAAAUAUC